AUGCAUUACUAUGCAGAAAGUCAACCCCAAUCCUUGAAAGCAGACUUGAAAGGUGCAACUGAGAAAUCAGGACCACAGAAAAAUGUCCCACCUGUAGACAGCAAGGAAUCCAAGAAUUCCCCCAAACGACAAAAUGAAGAGAACAUUGGCAACCAGAAGAAGAAGAAGAAAAAGAAGAAGAAUAAAAAGAAGAAAGAUGGCAACAUAGUGUCAGACCAGGACCAGAGCCUGUCACAUGUCUCCCUGGAAGACGACCAGAGGACGCAGGACAGAAGAGGCUCCUCUGACAGUGAAAGCUCAAACAAAGCAGUGGAUGAAACACCAGACUCACUCCAAGAUGAGGUCUCCUUAGUGGACAGCCAGCCCAGUUCCCUAGUAGCUGACAGUCCUGCUGCACCAUCUGAAGACGCACAAGUCAUCCAAAGUGAAAAUCCUGCUGCGACAGCGAGGCAGUUGGAGGAAAGUCAAGGACACUCUAAUGAGGUAGAGAGCAACGCACAGAAAGCAAAUGAAGAUCAGACACUCGAGACAGCAGUGGCCGACACUCCGACUCAACACCCCACGUCAGAGGACAAGGGUACGACUCCUCAGUCAGGUACAGGUAAAGAGACCAAGGCUGCUAACCCUAAAGAUCAAAAGGCUGAGAGUAAAAACUCCAAGAAAGAAGCAAUGGCCACCGAGCAGCCAUCACAGGACCAGAACGCCAACCUACAACCAAGUGUGAAGCAGAAGGGACAAACCAAACAGAAAGGAAAGAGUCAGCAGGACCAGAAACAGAAGCAGACUGUGGCAGCCGAACAAAAGAUGGUUUUUGGAACAUCGUCAAAG